AUGACAUACCUCGACUCCCUCCAACGCGAUGGCUUCGUCAUCAUCCCCUGCCUCCUCUCGUCCUCCGAACUCUCCACCCUCCGCACCGCAGCCACAAAGGCGACCAUCCACACACGAUCAGGACAAUGGCCUCACUUCCGCACCGUCCCGAAACAGUUCCCACCGUGGCCGACCACCCUGCCGCCCGCGUCAGAGGGCGGCAUCUGGGGCGUCCAGCACCUGCUUCAUCCUGAUCUCCCGGGGCGGGAGGAGUUUGCGCGGUUCUACUUUUCCGAUAAGGUAUUAAGUGUAAUCGAGGAGUUAUUGGAGACCAAGACUCCAGCCCAAGAUGGGAAUACAAACGAUGAAAACCUAGUCAUGGAGCUUUUUAACCUCCUCGUCGCCCCAGAAACAAAGGACUUCCAACUCCGCUGGCACAGGGACGACAUUCCCGAGACGGUAUCAGAGGCAGAAGAAAAGCGACUGCUGGAGCUUAAGAGUCCGCAGGGGAAACAGUCGCAUGCGCAGUACAAUCUUGCACUCUGCGAGGACUCGUCGUUGAUCGUUGUUCCGGAAUCACAUCGACGCGUCCGCACGAAGAUGGAGCGGGAGGCGGAUCCGUACGAGGCUUUCCUGCCUGGCCAGGUUACGGUAACGCUCAAACCGGGAGAUGCGGUGUUUUACGAUUCGAAUAUUCUCCAUCGGGGCGUGUAUAAGGCUAAGGUCGAGGGUGGCGAGGAGACGAGGCUUACGCUGCAUGGGAGUGUAGGGUUGAAGGAGUCGGGUUCGAACGAUCAGAAUCAGAAUCUGGACAGGGUCCGGGCCACGGCGGUGCUGCAGCAUGGAGUCGGGCCUUGGGUGAGGAGAGAGGAUGCCGGCUUCAGUGGGAUUGAAGGAGUUGGCGAACGCGCGGAGAAGAUGAGGGCGAAUCUGGUGGCCAUGGGGAGUGGUGAGGAUGUUGGGUAUUCGUUGCAGGGGUAG